AAGACAACACCAAUCCUAAAAAAAAGUGUGUCGUAGCCCGGCACCCGCUAAUUAACCAAAGUUUAAACGAGCGCCAUCGCUGCGCCAUGCAAGUCUACCGAUGUCGUGUGCGGUACACGCGGGGGCUAUAGAAGGGGGAGACGAUGAUGUUCGUCGGAAGGCCAUGUUUGCGGAACCAAGGAGAUCAAAAUGAACGAAGAUGUCAUGCAUAGUUCGGACGCGUUGCCUAAUUGUUUCCCAGUAGGUUUAAGCGAGUGGAUUAACGAGUGAGAAAGAAAAUUUUGAUGACAAAGUACGGAUGGAAGUGGAUGGAAUGAAAGAGAAACGAAACUCCGAUACAAGGAGGAAAUACAUUUACAAAUGAAAAUGGAAAUGGAAAAGCAAACAAUAGCAGAACGAAACCCACAUUUUGUUGGGUAAAAGAAGAGCUGUGUUUCCCUUCUUACAGACAGCCGCAUGCCUGCAAACGUUCCGGAGCAGCAGUAAAAGCUAAAAGUCGAGUGAAGCUAAUAAAAAUCCGCAAGGAAAUACAAAUAAAACUGAAAACAAGUAGAAAACAAGAUAUAGCGUGGAAUGCGCUGACUACCAGUGUCCAUGUUUCGUAAUAUCAUUAUAAAAGGACAAAUGUGGUUGGGUAUUUCCUGCACCGCUGACACCCCUCCAGCAUCGAUUGUUGCCAGAAGCACAGCAGAUGAAAGUAAAAAUACAAAGAAAAAGAAAUUCAACUCUCAAUACAUAACUUCAUAAACCACUUUGCUACAGAAAAACUACUUAGAAUGACAAUGAAACUUGGUAGAAAAUAGCGCCGCGCGAUAAUGAUCCGCAAUUUAUAGUGGCUAACGUGUGCGAAAAAAUUACACCCCCUUUCUAGAACGAGAAAUGAUGUGUGGAUUAAAAUGGUCGUCGUGUUGUUUGUGAGGCAGGAUUAUGGUUGAGAAAAUACGAGAAAGUGGUUCUCCUAGAGCAGAAAAAAACACCCUAAUCACACACGAAUCAACGAAGAUGAAAAUAGCCAUUAAUCCAUUUGCAGGUAAUUUCGGGACAUAAGUUGUGGAUCGGCUUGGAGAGCACUGUUGGCUGUAAUAAACAUAGAAUUUCUCCCUGGUAUGUAUGCACAGUCAUAAAAUUUAUGAUUGUCGUGGCUUUAAGAUGAGAACAGCGAAUGAAGGGCGCGGUUUGGGUGCGUGUAAGCGAUAAAAGGAUCGAAAUGAAAUCUCUCGUAAUUUAGAUUACUUUAAGGCCAUCUCUGUUUCAUCCGGUGAGACGUUUCGCUUUGGCACCAAUCCUUAACUUAAACGUUCGUAAAACUAUGAUUUCAUUCCUGGUGCCCAUUGGACCUUUAGAACAGCGCUGCGGUAUGGAAUUAAUCAAAGAAAGAGAACUAGCAAACAAAUACUGGAAAGUGUGUCAUGUGAAGAAAAGAAAAGAAUACAAUUAUGUGAUUGUUUUGUUUGUUUUUUACUUAGUACUAUAAGGAGAAAGAGUGCGGCUAGUAGCGACGAAUAAGUUGUACGCAAAGUACACGGGUUUUCUAUAAUACAAUUAGGUUUUUUCUUUCUUUUCGAAAACCGAUGGCGUCGGAUUCGGGAACAAGAGCAGAGAUGUAUAACUGGUUGUUAUCCAAAAACCCACAUCGAUAUCGGUGCGGUUAUUACUGUUUUAUUAUAUAUAUAUAUGUAUAAAAAUAGUGUACAACAUGUAUCAAUUUCUACGCCAAUAGGAACGCCAAAAGUUCUGGUGGCAACCAGAGAUAGAUGUUGUUGAAAAUAUCUUCGUUUCUGUUAUGACGCGGAUAUGUAAUUCCGCUUAUACGUUACACUGAGUCGCUCCUACUGAAAGAUCUACAUGUUAUUUCGUUAAUGAAAAGCGAUAUUAGGGGUUCCGCCGACACUCGAACCGGCGACUGCCGAUGGGUUCGUCAUCCCUCCGGUUAGUGUCGAUUGAAAAAUAAAAUUAAUGAAACCAACGGGAAAGCAACACAGCAUUUCCGCGGAUCUGAUCUGAUUGCCAUUCGGGAGUGUUCGUAUGUUUUAUUGCGAGCUGGAAAACUCUUAAGCUACAGUAAGAGAUGUUCCAGAGAGGAACUAGUUUGUUUUUUAGAAUUACGAAACCAAAAAACCAACCAUGGCUUAUUUUUAAAUGGAAAGCAGCUCAAAUGCUUGAAUUUCUUCUUUGAUGGAAUCAAAAUAAGCACGUGUUAGUUUUUUCAUAUUCCGUUUCCGUUGUGCUUGUGGUACGGUUGCGCAGGGGGCAAGACUUGGUUCUAUUAUACCUUACAUUGUACAUCACGCACUAUCCCAGCCAUAGUGUAUGGACAAGCAUAUAAGAUGCAGGUAAACGGUAGGCAAUUCUUAGAGAAACUUGCUAUUUGGAAGAGGAAACAACGCUGGCAAAGGAUCUGGUCGGACUGUUGUAAGGGCUCAAUAAUGGUCCGAUUGAUCCUUUGAAAUGGAUUGAAUACUGAAUGCAUAACUCGGUCCUGUGCUCGCCAUCGCUAUUAUAUCAUGAAUCAAACCAAGGACAAGGUAAAACCAACCGAAAUGGUGACAGGAAGUCGGUAUGAUUGUGUUAUCGUUUAGAUAUAUAUUAUAUAUAUACAUAUAUGAAUAUAUAUAAUAUUACUAAGAAUAAUUAUACUCAUACACACGUACACCCCGUAAUCUGGGUACAAAAGGUAAAAUGAAUCAUACACAGCAUAAAACACCGGCGUCAAGAGGAAGAUGACCGAGAUGAAAAAAUAACCGUUGAAACCCAGAUGAAAUAGACGGAACAGGAACAACCAAUAUGUAAUGCACAAAAAGUGCAAAAAAACGUUGGUUGGAGGCUGAGCUGGACGGCAAUGGACGCAUAAAGUAUGUAUUCUAAUUCAAAUAUUCAUGUUGUACUGUUGUCGAGAAAUGUCGCAAAACUUUCCGUAAAAAAGAGGUAUUAGAGUCUAAUGUGAGUGCAUAGUCGCUGAAAGAUAUAAUAAAUUAAAUGAAAAUCAUUAUUUUUCCAACAAAUUUGUGUCGAUCGCUCACUGAAUAGUGAAGAUGAAAACCAAAAAAAAAAACAUGUUUCGAUGGUACGUUGAACCAGGUUAGAACGUUUAGAAUAGAAUCGCGGGAAAGUGCGACUAAAGUACCAUCGAAUUAUAAAUGCUGUAUACUUCAUUAGUCAUGCAGCUACUUAAUCAUCUACGAAAAAAAAACAAAAACAAAGAAGCUUAUUACCUAGCAUAGAACGAAUGGAAAUGUAAUGAAAUCUUAAACAUUAUUCA